AUGUCUACGUUUUCAAUUGAUGCAAGCUCCCUGGCCAGUCGUUUUCUCGAAGACCUGCCUGCCAUUCUGACAGCCGCUCGGCAUAGUGAAAUUUGGGGUGUUGACUUGGAGAAUGGGGAACCCCAGAUACUAGAGAAGAUUUUACGCAAGUUUCUCGAUAAAAACUCUAUAUUGCCGUCGCUUCAACUCCCGAGAGCAAAGGCUUCGCUCAUUGCGGCUUUGCGUUGGCGACGGUAUAAGCAACCCAGAGCUCUUUUGCAAGAAGCAGAGUCUCUUCUCCCACGCCUAGAGAUAUGCCGCAUCACAGAAUGCGAAGGCCGAUCCGUACUAUGGGUCAGUUUGGAUGAGAUGGUUAUCAAAGGGCAUGCCCAUAUAUACCAAAACCUGGAGACAUCGAAUGGGAUUCUGAAAUUAGGUCUAGCUGUGUUGGAACUUAUCUCAUCUCGCCUUAUCCAUCUAGACACUAGCAUAGGCGGAUCAUGGGCUACCUGCGUGCUUGAUUUCAAGAUCCAUGCUCCAAAUCAAAGCCAGGGAGAGCGGCGGCCAUCCCAGAAGAAACUGAUCGGCGCCUUAGAGGAACUCACAACAUCCAUACGGAACUAUUACCCUGAAAUCUUUCACGACGUAUUCAUAAUCCAUCCCUCUGCCGAAUACCUCGCGACUCUAGAUAUACCGGAACGCCUUUUGGAAAAUACUAUACUCCUAGAAAACCCUGCGGACUUAGCUCGCAUUCUUGGCCCUCAGGUGCCGACUUACUACGGUGGCUCUGGCAAGCCACUAGCGGAGUCUGACUGUCUAAGUUCAGGCACGAAGACAUAUCCAGCAAGUGAUAUCGAAACUAGUGCACAAAAAGCCGAGACCCCAGAUUCGAAACCAAAGGAAGCAACUCUCGAAGGAGAAGUUAUCGCAGCUUCAACGACGAAUUCCGGCACCGAGCUUUCAGUCGCAGUGGAACUGGAGCAUCAAGAGCCCCGAUUGAUCUACUCCGAAACGAUCGGACCCCCAUCCGUUGUAUUCGAUCCGGACGACUUACAGACCGCAGAUGAUGUCUGUCCUGGUAAGAUGGGCGCGCGGCUUGUCUUUGCGGAUUCCGACACAGUGGUCAAAUUCGGCCACGGCGUCCGCUUAGCAGAGGCAGAAGCCUUACACCUGGUAUCUACACGUAUGAGCAUAGCGGUACCAAAGUUGAUAAGUGCAUACGUUCUUGACGGUGUCGGAUACAUUGCCAUGUCGUAUGAGAUGGGUGAGCCUUUUGAACACUACUGGGAUCGUGCGUCGGAGAAAGAACAAAACCGCAUAUUGCAACAACUACAUGGUUAUGUCAGUCAAUUGCGUGAGAUUGAAGGAGAUAGCAUCGGCGGAAUCGGCGGGGAACCAUGUCGAGACGGCAUCUUCGAAGCAGGCUACGGCGACCACACGCAGUACAGUUACGGGCCGUACCCGUCUGAAGAGAGCUUCAACGAAGGAUUAGUGCAAGCCCUGCGGGAUCGGUUGCCACAACAGGUGCUUCAAGGCGAAAGUGACAAGGAAUCGGUCUUUUUUACAGCCGAAUAUUUCCUGUACCAGAUGGUGAGGGGUCUCAAGAACCAUCGGAUCGUGCUCACUCAUGGAGACUUGCAUCCGGGGAAUCUUGUUGUGAGAGCGGAUGGUACUGUGGUUCUCUUGGACUGGGGUCUUGCUGGAUUCUGGCCCGAGUACUGGGAGUUCUAUCGUGCGUUGUUCACCGCAAGCUGGAGGAUCUCGUGGGAGCGGAUGGUGGAGAAAUUCGUGCCACCGUAUGAUGUCGAGUAUAGUGUGAUUAACAAAGUGUUUGCGGCGGUGUGGAAUUAA